AUUCCGUCGUGGAAGAUUCAAUCGUCGAGUCAUGUCGGGAACGAUGCGGCUAAGCUCUCUGUACCGCGCCUCGAUGUAUCCAGCUGGUAUACAAUCGGAUCCAAGGGCACCUUGAUGGCAACGUUUCUCGAGAAUAAGGUCUACCAUGACGACGACUCACUAUUCUUCUCUGAGAAUCUGGACCAGAUCACACAGGCGAAAUUCCAAGUGCCCUGGUUCUAUCGGGCCGAGUUUGAAGUUCAGUCAAGCUAUGCGAUUGUGGACAACUAUCUCCAGGUCAAAACGCAUGGCAUCUCGUCACGGGCAGACAUCUACCUCAAUGGCGCGUUGGUCGUAGACAAGAAUGUGCAGGCUGGCGCAUACGCUGGCAGGACUUUCGACAUUGGGUCCAAAGCGAUACCAGGAAAGAACGUGUUACUGAUACGGGUCUAUCCUACGGACUAUAACCGCGACUUUGCGCUGGGCUUUGUCGACUGGAAUCCAUAUCCACCUGACAAUGGAACAGGCGUAUGGCGCGAUGUUGAAAUUAAGCAGACUGGAAGUGUAGCAUUUGCCGGGACACCCAGACUGGCUACCACGCUUGAUGGAACGGUGCAGAUGAAAGCAGAUGUGAGAAACUGGGGUAGCGCGAGCACCACGGCAGACGUGCAUUGCAAGAUUUUCGAUCCCAAAGACCGGGAAUUAACAAAUCUGGGUCUUGCCAACGGCGUCACGUUAGCUGCGAUGUCUGUGCAGGAAAUAUCGAUGAAAUUCAAAAUUGAUAACCCGCUUAUUUGGUGGCCGGCGCAGUGGGGUGAACAGCCACUGUACAAUGUUUCCUGCACGUUGUCAACAAGGGGCCAACUUUCAGAUGUUAUGCCUAACGUACGCUUUGGUAUCCGUACUGUUACCUCUACGUUGAACGAGUUCAACGACACUACGUUUUUCGUCAAUGGCAAGCCUUUCCAGGUUCUUGGUGCAGGCUAUACCUCGGACAUUUUCCUCCGUUUCGACGAGAACAAGCUCCGUACACAGUUCCUAUACGUUCUGGAUAUGGGCCUCAAUGCGAUACGUCUUGAGGGCAAGCAGGAACAUCCGUUCUUGUAUGAAUUGGCUGAUGAGACGGGCAUCAUGAUCUUGGCCGGAUGGGAAUGCUGCGAUAAAUGGGAAGGUUGGUCGUACAAUGAUGAGGGGUCUGGUGAAAAAUGGAAAGACGCCGACUAUGCCAUAGCGAAUGCGUCGAUGCGCCAUGAGGCCGCAAUGAUGCAGUCCCACCCAUCCUUGCUGGCGUUUCUGGUCGGUUCCGAUUUCUGGCCCGACGAUCGUGCGGUACGCAUAUAUGUCGAUGCCCUCCGAGCUUUUGACUGGGAUAUUCCCAUCAUCGCCUCAGCCAGCCAGCGAGGAUACCCAGAUCUCCUGGGCAAUGGCGGAAUGAAGAUGGACGGACCGUACGACUGGGUACCUCCAAACUACUGGUACUCAGAUCAGCUGGGUGCCGCUUUUGGCUUCGGUUCAGAACUGGGUGCAGGUGUCGGCACCCCCGAGCUUCGCUCGCUGAAACGCUUCCUCAGUUCCUCCGACCUUGAUGAUCUUUGGAAGCACCCCAGAAAGGGCCUAUAUCAUAUGAGUACCAAUGUUUCUUCCUUCUACACGCGAGAAAUCUACAACGAGGCUCUUUGGGCGCGCUAUGGUGCCCCGACGUCGCUAGAGAAUUACCUGCUGAAGGCGCAACUGAUGGACUACGAAGCAACAAGGGCAGAAUUCGAGGCAUAUGGUGCGAAGUGGACUGCUGAGAGACCUGCUACAGGGCUGAUCUACUGGAUGUUGAACAAUGCGUGGCCCUCGCUGCACUGGAAUUUGUUCGAUUAUUACCUCCAUCCCGCGGGCUCGUACUUCGGCACGAAAGUUGGCGCUCGCCUACAACACGUAGCUUACGAUUACCUUACGCGAUCUUUUUACUUGAUCAAUCGGUCCAAGUCUUCUCUCGGACCUUGUACCGUGGAAGCCGAGCUGCUCGAUGUGAAUGGCACGACGAUUAGCAAGACGGCAACAAGGACCCAACUCUCACCGAACAACAGCACGCGACUCUUUGAGAUGACAGAAAUCAACCAGAUUAGAGACGUUGCGUUACUGAAGCUCGUACUCAAAGGGAACGACAGUGUCCUCUCAAGGAAUGUAUACCACCUGACGCCUAAGCCCGACACGCUGGACUUUGACAACUCGACCUGGUACCACACGCCCGUCACCAAAUUCUCCGACUUCGGUGCUCUCAACACACUUCCUCAGGCCGACCUGUCGGUAAAGACGCUCAUAAAAAUGCGCAAGCCUGCCGGCCACAUCCACGUAAAGGUCACGCUGCAGAACCGAUCGAAGCUGCCAGCCGUCUUCGUCCGGUUGAAUCUGGUAGACUUCUUCGACAGACCAGAAAUAGACGACGACGGGUCUGUAGAUGUCGUGCCCGUUACGUGGAGCGAUAACUAUGUCACGGUGUGGCCGGAGGAGACGUUGGAGUUGGAAGUCAACUUCAGGCUUGGGGGUCAACUUGCGACACGGGCGGUGAGACUAGAGGUUGACGGGUGGAAUGUGGCGAAGCAGACAGUAGGCGUCAGUAUCAAAGGGGGCGGGCUGCAGGAAUAGAUCGAGCCUCGGUCUUGGUGCACAAGGUCGCGGACAAGCAAUGCAUCCUUGAGGUUUGAGGCUGGGCAUGGAAGGUGCACGUGAUGUUGUUCAAGUGGAGAGAGCCUGAAGAAGGGGUCUGUGCAUGCGGAAGCCACAGCCGGCCAUCAACGCGGUUCCGCGUCGUCGCGAAGUCUUGGACGCGAUUGCGCCGCUUGGAUGCUCCGGCGUCUCUCGAAAGCUGGUC